GCGUCGAGUCUCCCCGCGGCGGCCAUGGCCCUGCCGCCCUUUUUCCCCCCGGGCCGCGCGGGCCCGCCGCCCCCCGCCCCCUUCGGCUGCCCGCCGCCGCCGCUGCCCUCUCCGGCCUUCCCGCCGCCCCUCCCGCCGCGGCCCGCCCCGUUCCUGCAGCCCCCGUUGGCCCUGCAGCCCCCGCCCGCGGCCGAGGCGGCCCGCGGCGGCAGCGCCUUCUUCCCCGGGCCGCCCCCGCCGCUGCCGCCGCCGCCGCCGCCGCCGCCCCCGUGCCGGCCGCUCCCGGGCUGCGAGUCGGGCGAGCGCGCGCGGCCGCCCUGGGGCCCGCGCUGGCUGGAGGCGCCGCCGCCGCCGCCCGACGUGCUGGGCGACGCGGUCCUGCAGCGGCUCCGCGACCGCCAGUGGCUGGACGCGGUGUUCGGCGGCCCGCGGCGGGCGGGCGGCGCGGCGGCCCCGCGCGCGCCCCCGGGGCCGAGCCUGGGCGAGGUGCGCGCGCGCCUCCGCGGGGCGCUGGGCCUGGUGCGGCGGCUGCGCGAGCUGGCCCAGGCCCUGCGCGAGGCCGAGGCGGACGGCGCGGCCUGGGCGCGGCUGCACGCCGAGGCGGCGCCGCUGCGCGCCGAGCUGGCCGGGCGGCUGCAGCUGCUCACCCAGGCCGCCUACCUGGGCGAGGCGCGGCGGCGGCUGGAGCGGGUCCGGCGCCGCCGCCUGCGGCUCCGCGAGCGCGCCCGGGAGCGCGAGGCCGAGCGGGAGGCGGAGAGCGCGCGCGCCGCGGAGCGCGAGCAGGAGAUCGACCGCUGGCGGGUCAAGUGCGUGCAGGAGGUGGAGGAGAAGCAGCGGGAGCAGGAACUUAAAGCAGCUGCCGACGGCGUCUUGUCGGAGGUGAGGAAGAAGCAAGCAGACACCAAACGGAUGGUGGACAUUCUCCGGGCGCUGGAGAAGCUCAGGAAGCUCAGGAAAGAGGCUGCAGCGAGGAAAGGAGUUUGUCCGCCAGCUUCAGCCGAUGAGACCUUUGAGCACCAUCUUCAGCGACUGAGAAAACUUAUAAAGAAACGCUCUGAACUGUAUGAAGCUGAAGAGAGAGCCCUGAGAGUGAUGUUGGAAGGAGAGCGAGAGGAAGAGAGGAAAAGAGAAUUAGAAAAGAAGCAGCGGAAAGAGAAAGAGAAAUUUCUACUUCAGAAGCAAGAAAUUGAGUCCAAAUUAUUUGGGGAUCCAAGUGAAUUCCCACUCGCUCACCUCCUGCAGCCCUUCCGGCAGUAUUAUCUCCAAGCUGAGCACUCGCUGCCCGCGCUCAUCCAGAUAAGGCACGAUUGGGACCAGUACCUGGUGCCGUCGGAUCACCCCAAGGGUCACUCCGUUCCCCAAGGAUGGGUUCUUCCCCCGCUCCCCAGCAACGACGUCUGGGCAACCGCUGUUAAGCUGCAGUAGUGAAGAUGCUCGCGGAGUGUGUCUGGCCCAGCUCCUGCUGCUGCAUCUUGGCUGUGGACUGAGUGGCCUCAGCGGUGGCUCGGAAGCCACUUGGGUGCCUGCUGUGCGGAGGCGGUGAACUGGGGGACCUGCCGUCAGCUCUGAGUAGAAGCCUUGGUUCGCCAAAGCGGCCUCUGUUUUGAGGGGCUGACUUGAGACCAACCUACUCUUUAUGCAGUGUGUGAUGCUGGUCAGUGCACGGAGUACACCACACACAGCACCUCGCAGCUUUCCAGCACUGAGUGUGAAAGCAGCCCGGCUGCAGAAACUUUGUCCUUUCUGCCAGAGAACCCCCUCACGUCCAGGAAGAAUCACCAGAAACACUUGUGUGUUUGGGAGCCACACCUGGCGUUGCUAAGGGGCUACUCUGCCAAACAGUGCCUGUGCCCGACUGAGCUGGCCUCCUGCGUGCGAAGCCAGUACCCCGUCCACGGAGCUCUGUCUGGCCCUCAGAAGCAUUGCCUGUGCCAGAGGCAGGACUGUGUUGAGGGCACUUGCCUUACAAGUGGCUGACCUGGGUUCAAUCUUCCAUGUCCCAUAUGGUCCCCUAAGCACUGCCAGAAGUGAUCGCUGAGCACAGAGCUAGGAGUAAGCCCUGAGCACCGCUGAUGUGUGAUGCCCGCAAAAGAGAGGGGAAAAAAAACCUUCUCUUUAAUUUUGUUAAUCUCACUUUUGGUGCAGUUUGAAAGUGUCGGUUGGGCUUGCAGGACACUGCUGGCCUUGACUGGUGGCUGUGGGAAACGCUGGAACAUGGAGAGCACCUGCAGCCAUGGGGUGGGUGGGUGGGUCGGAGUGGAUGGUGACAUUCCUCUUUUUACUUAGGAGGACCUUAAGGAAAGCACCUUUUGGCAGGUGGCUUGGGCCAUGCCUGGACUCAAGCCACUCACUCGGAAUGUGCUCGGACUAGCUUUUCCCAUGCCCAGUCACCUUCAUGCAAGGCAGUACUUAACCCUGCACUGUGUCUUGGCCCUGAAAGCACCUCUUCGUAAAAUUUCUAACAGUUGAGACUCCCAGGAAGGAAAUUUAUUUCCUUAGAGGGAUGGAACCUUGACCUGUAUCAGUCAUGUGAUGCCUUGGGGUCUGUAGAAAUUUCUUAGGAACCCCCAAAAUGGGUAUGUCAUGAAAGUAAGGUGGAAACCGAUGAAAAUAGAUUAAUUUUUAAAUAUUCUUUAUUUUUUUAAUUUUAAUUUAAUUUUUUUUCUUUUUGGGUUAUACCCAGUGAUGCUCAGGGGAUACCCCUGGCUCUGCACUCAAAUUAUUCCUGGUGGUAUUCGGGUGACCUUAUGGGAUGCCAGGGAUCAAACCCAGGUUGGCUACUCCAGCCCCUUUUUAUAUUUUUUAAUAAAUGCUAUUGUACCUGGAGAUGUUCAUAUGUCUGAGUUUUGUUUUGCUUGCUUGUCAUUUAUUGUGUUAUUUAAAUAAUAUUUAAAUUAAAUUAUUUAAAUAUUUAAAAUUUCA